UUCACCAGCAACCAAUAUCUUCCAGGCCAUAGAUCGUAACUUAAGACCAAGCAGAACAAUGUUUCUCUACAAGGAUACAACGAUAAAGUCUGCCGUACAUCCUGUCAAAGAAUUUCAGGCUGUUAUUCUUGCUGGCAGGCCGCGGGACUGGGGAGGGUUGGACACGUUAACGGACGAUACUGAUGCGAAACGGACGUCAAAACUCCCCAAGGCCGCCCUACCUGUAGCUGGGAAGCCUAUGAUACACUAUCAACUUCAAUGGUUGGAAGCGGCAAGGGUUCAGGAUAUUCUUGUCCUGUGUCCGCCCAACUCGAGACAGGAGAUUGCGAUGCAAGUGGAUAAGUACGAAGAAUUCAGCGAUCUGCAAAUCAAAGUGCAAGUAUUGCAAGUUCCGCACGGCGAAGGAACAGCUGAUGCAUUGCGAUCGGUAAAGGAUCACAUCAAACUUGACUUCAUCGUCAUGACAUGCGAUGUUAUCACCGAUCUCCCCCCACAUCAUCUCAUUGAUCUGCAUCGAAUUCAUGGGCCAACCGUCACGACUCUGUUAUAUGAUUUUCAAAAGUUGGAGAGUGCUGCUGAGCGACCCUGCAAGAAGGAUGAAUACGCUCAGUACAUCGGUAUUGAGGGUGCGAAGGGACGCCUUGUAUACGCAAAAGCUCAAGAGGAUGUUGGAGAAUCGUUACGGAUGCGUGCUGCCAUGCUACGAAAAUUUCCGCGGGUGCGAGUUCACACCAACCUUCGUGACGCUCACGUAUAUAUAUUCAAACGAUGGGUUCUGGACGUGAUUGCGGGCAACAAAGCUAUUUCAAGUGUCCGAAAAGAUCUGCUACGAUACCUCGUACAAUGUCAGUACAGCAAAAAAGCAAUGAAGGCAGAGCAUAUCGAUGAGCUACUCGCGGCAAAUCCAGAUCCUCUUCAAGAAGCCCAACUUCUUUCGACAACCAACAGUGCAGGCAUCGAACAGUUACUUCAAAGAGCGGAAAGCCAAACUGACGAUUCACAUUCCCCUCCAAACGCGGCUGCUGAACCAUUAAGGAAAGCGACGACAUCGAACGGACAACAGGUUGUCUGCGCUGCCGUUAUUUGCCGAGAUUCAUUUUGCGCGCGAGCCAACACAGUGUGGGCUUUUGGAGAGAUAAAUCGUCAGUUGGCGAAGAAUGUUCCCGAGAAAAAUCCAGGCGGAAGCGAAAUGAGGGCAAAGCAAACCCAGUUUGGGCCCGACUCUAUGAUUGGAGAGUAUUCACAGAUCGGCGAACGGUGCAGCGUUAAGAAAACUAUCAUUGGCAAGCACUGUACAAUUGGAAAGAACGUCAAGAUCGUUAACUCAGUGAUAAUGGAUUACGUUGUGAUCGAAGACCAAGUAAAACUGGAUGGGUGCAUUAUUAGCCAACAUGCUAAAGUCCUUGAGAAAGCCCAGCUAAAAGAUUGUGAAGUGGGGCCAAAAUAUGUUGUCGACAAAGAAACCGUAGGCAAAGGUGAACAAUACACCGAAUCACAUUUUCUAGACAUCAAUCAGCCUUGAGAUGAGAAAGAAAAAACGAAUGCGCAAAAAACAUUGUGUAUAUAGAUCAAUAAUGGGGUGGGAUGGAAUUCAUGUGGAUUUUCUUGCAUGCUCGCAAAGAAGCAUAAUUUUAUAAUAUGCCACACUGCACAAGCACAAUGACC